UUUUCUUCUUAUGCUGCAACGAACAAACCUUAGCAAAUCUCCAAACGCAUAAAAUUUUAUUUUCUGCGACUUUCUCUAUAUAUAUGCUCUUUAUCGAGAUCCCGAUUUGAGUAUCAAGAUUGGGAGGUUGUUGUUGGUUUUUCUUUCCUGUUUUGGAAGUGUGAAUUAAUUAUGUCGAUUGCAUUGGAAAGGAUGGAAGCGGCUUCGGGCUUCGGUCGGGUCAUGGCGUGUUCAUCGGUAUUCGAAUCGCCGGCGCCGGAGCCGGAGAGGAAAGUGGAGGAAGAGGAUUGCAGGAGUACGUCUGGGACGACUUCUUCCUCCUCGAUCGGGAGGAAUAGUGACGAAGAAGAUGCUCCGUCGGAGAGGUCAUUGGACGGCGGAGAUUGCGAGGAGAAUGAGGUUCAAAGUUCGUAUAAAGGUGCCUUCGAUAUGAUGAAUUCGCUGGAAGAGGUUUUGCCAUUCAGGAGAGGAAUCUCAAAAUUCUACAGCGGCAAAUCUAAAUCUUUUACCAUUUUAGCCGAUGCUGCUGAUUCCCCGUCCAUUGAAGAUAUUGCUAAACCCGAAAACGCCUACACCAGGCGCCGGCGAAAUCUUCUGGCGAUUAACCAUGUCUGGGACAAGAACCGGAGUAAGCGACCUAUCAGCUCCAGCCGGAGUACAUUGGCCUUGGCGGUUGCCCUGAGCAGUUCCGAGAGCCUUUCUAGUACCAGUGAGGAGUCUAAUUCAACCUCGAGUCCUCGUCUUCCGCCACUGCAUCCACGGUCCAGGUUGCCUUUCAGUAACAGUAACAUAUCUUCCUCACCGCCGACGAAACAGAAUUUCUCCAACUGGCGAUCCUUUUCUGUGGCAGAUAUACAACAAUGUACCAACACGGCGACAUCAAACUCAAAGGGUUGUGACAGAAAUGACUAAGAAGUAUACAUGAUACAUUGAUAUUAGUGUGUUUAAUGCUUCCUUGUGUGCUCGUCAGAAUCCUUGUUUCUGGUUGAAGAUCAAUCUGCCCAGCAGAAAUUUAAUGCUGAUUGUUUAACCAAGACAUUUGCAUAAUUUUACUGUAGUUUUACAGCUAAAUCUAUGUACAGCAUACAAAAUGUUUAUACAGAAAAUGAAUACAAUUUAGGGAAGCAGAAAGAAUCCUGUUUCAAAACAGUGAUUUUGAAACAGGCCUACAAUAUCUGGUGAAGAAUCCAUUGAAGCAGUUUUUCACAUACGAGACACUGUCAAUCUGUGACUCUUUUGCAGUUGCUCUGGAUCAAAUUUUGCUUUUGGGUAGUGCGGGAAGGGAACAUGAAAUUGUCUUCCGAAGGAAAAAUCAUGGUUCUUGUUCUUGAAAAUCACAUUCUUAAGCUGCAGUAGAAACCUUUUCAGUUGUGUGCUGGACCAUUCUACUUUGAUUUUGGGUAAGGAAUUGUGCACAAGAGUACUCUAAUAAGAAUGCAGGAAGUUCGAUGUCUGAAGGAUCUAUUGGAGGAAUUGCCAUAUCUAUAUCCUCAGUUGAGAAAGGAAUACUGCAAUUUAAAAAUCAGAUAUUCAAUCCAAUAGCAGGACAAGAGUUGAAUA